AUGGGCAACUCUCAAUCUGCUGCAGCCAAAGAUGAGAUCCGCCGCUCCAAUCGCCUUUCAAAGCCUCUGACGAAGAAAUUUAAUGCCUACCGAAGCUCUCAGCGUCCUGAAACAGAUCCAACGACCAGCCCUGAGCUAAUAGGAUGGCAAAAUCCUUGGGUUCAGCAAAAUGCCUCUAUACCUGCCACACCUGCGGAGAAACGCGGCAGUUACCCCAAGAGAGCAGAAAUCCCUCCAACGCUUUUUGAGACAGACUCGUCUGAAGAGACUUCCGCUGAGGAGCGCGCUUUUACGUUUGAUCAGAUUUCCACGCCGCGCCAUCUGUCUGGCCCAACCGUGUUGACGGCAAGCUCUUCGAGGAGGACAUCCUACCAGUCGGAAAGAUGGGAUCCAGCUUCCCCGGCAUCUUCCAUUUAUGAACAGCCACUAAGACGGGCCAGUUCGACUCGGGUUGGGUUACAGAGGCACAGUAGCGUUGUCUAUGAAACCCAUAUCGGGGACGCAACCUCAUCCAACACCCACUUUUUGGUUGGCAACCAGCGGUUUUCACUAACACGUCGUCGAUCGCUCUUAACACGACCUGGAGUUGCCACAAGACGUACAGCAAGCACACUUCGACGCGUUCCAUCUCCAAUUGGAGAACCCGAAUGCCCGAUCGAGGAUCCAACCGAGUCGACUGUUCUGCAUUGGCCAUUGCCUUCGACGCUGCAGCUCCCACCCCCAGCACGACCAACGAGCCCGACGGAUGCCCGCUACACCCAGCUUGGGGCCCUCAAACUAGGAUCCUUGCGUGUUGUCAAUGGCUCGGCAUCUCCAUGUCCGAGCGAGCGUAUUCCUUUGCCCUCCGUUUCAGGUCCCGGACUUGGCCUUGAGAAUGUGGACGUGGUGAAAGUUACGAGGCCCAGCAGGGCUUCCACACUGGAGAUUCCAGUCUUACCCGACCUGAAGAAAUCCGACGAUCUCCCAGGCAGUCCAUUCUCCUUUGAGAAGUCUCCCGUCCUCGCCACCCCAUCUCGAACCAAGUCCUUGUUCCCUCCGGAUUCAGACGACGAAGGAAUCGUUCUCUGCGAUGAUACCAGAAUCCAGCUCGAGAAAGGUGUUCCGGACGCCGAUCUAGCCCGGAGCGUGUCUCAUUCCCUCAACAAGUCCGACAGUGGCUACAGUUCUGCCACCUCGGUCCACUCCAUACAGCGAAGCCGGACCCAAAGUUCCACCGGCUCACAAACAUCCGGUUCAUGUGCUACAGACAGCUCAAAGAACGCCAGCAUCUCCAACGGGUCGCUUUCAAACCGACCAGGCGACAAGGUGCAACGUCAUUUGAGCCUCCAGUCAACGCCGGAGAACUACUCGAGACCAUAUCCAUCUGCUACUCGCUGGUACGAUCCCAGCGACCCGAGUCCCCUCACCCCUUUGCGCUCGCGUCGGUCAACACUGUGUGCACCACGGUACACCGAGUAUCCCGCACGCGAAUCCAUCCUCGGCGUCGAUUACACAGCCGGGCUCGCUCUACCAUGCCAGAACCAGCAGGGCUUGACUAGGGGUCCGUUCUAUGGAGAUCGUCUAUCAUUGGGGUCAUCCGACAUUGUGUCAACUGAGGCCUCUUCUCUGACAGAGGUACAUCUCAAAUGCGAACAGGCGGUUACGGAAAGCAAAGAGCGGCUUCGCAGGUCCGCUUCUGAAUAUGGUUUCCGUGCAGAGUGCGAGAUUCACCGCUCGCGCUCUAGAAGUCGACUGGGAAGUCGCAUCUGGACCAUGAAGCCGGGGGUCGAUGCUCCCCCACUGCCCACUAUUACCUCCCCGGGUUACUUGCAGGAUGACCUUGACCUUGAUGUCGAGCUGGAACCUGAACCGAUACGAGGCCGGCCUCGAAGCCGGAGCAACGACCCCCGCCGUCGUAGGUUGACAAAAUCGCGGCCCCAAUCUGAUUUGUUCAUAUGA